CAACGCGUCAAACGAAACGGGAAACGGCAAACGGAAAACGUUAACAAUACCAAAUAAAAAAAAAAUUGUCAACCAUCGUCUGACGUCUGUGCGUGUGUGUGUGUGCGAGUGCGAGUGCACGUGUAUGUGUGUGUGUGUGUUUGUUACCAAUGUUGCUGUGAUUAUCUAAUCGUCGUAAACACAACAAAUUACAUACAUACAUAAUUAAAAAACCAACGCCAAAAAUAAUAGCAAUCUUUGCAGUUUACAAAGAAAAGCGAACAACUUUCCAAAAAAAUAAAUAAAUAAAUAAACAAAAGAAAAAAAAACGUAAAUAAAUAAAUAAUAUAAGAAAUACAAAAAAAAAAACAGCAACAAAUAAAAAGACAGUUAAUCCCAAUAUUAUAAAACAAAAUAAAUUAGCAACUGCAACAAGAAGAACAACAACAACACCUCUACAAGAUGGAUGUCCUGAUGCACGAUGCGUUACAUUGGUAUCGAGACCUAAUGGACAAUAAAAGCGAUCCGCGUGUAAACAACAUGUUUCUGCUUUCCUCGCCGCUGCCGACGCUUGGCUUGUGCCUCUUUUAUGCGUAUUUCAGUAAAUCCCUUGGACCACGACUUAUGGCUAAUCGAAAGCCAAUGGAUCUGCGCAAGGUGCUAGUCUAUUAUAAUGCAAUACAGACCAUCUUCAGUGCGUGGAUUUUUUAUGAGUACUUAAUGAGUGGCUGGUGGGGUCACUAUAGCUUCAAAUGUCAACCCGUCGACUUUAGCAACAGUCCAAUGGCCAUGCGUAUGGUUAAUAUCUGUUGGUGGUACUACAUAUCCAAAUUCACCGAAUUCUUUGACACGCUCUUCUUCAUUCUGCGCAAGAAGACCGAGCACGUCUCGACAUUGCAUGUCAUUCACCACGGUUGCAUGCCAUUCUCGGUCUGGAUGGGUCUCAAAUUUGCACCAGGCGGACACAGCACAUUCUUUGCCCUGCUCAACUCGUUUGUACAUAUUGUAAUGUAUUUCUAUUAUAUGAUUGCUGCCAUGGGACCAAAGUAUCAAAAGUUCAUUUGGUGGAAGAAAUAUUUGACCACCUUCCAAAUGGUGCAAUUUGUGGCCAUAUUCACGCAUCAGUUUCAGCUGCUAUUCCGCGAAUGCGAUUAUCCACAGGGCUUUAUGGUGUGGAUUGGACUGCAUGGCGUUAUGUUCCUAUUUCUGUUCUCCGAUUUCUACAAAGCCAAAUAUCUGAAUGCGAAGCGUCGCCGUCGUGAGGCGCUCAAAACCAAUGGACAUGCGAAUGGUGUUCAUACGACGAAUGGCAAAAUCAAGAUGCAGUCGGCAUUGGACGGCGGCGAUGCGUUGCCCGCGAAUGGCAGCAACAAGGGAGCAUGCAUGCCCGUUUUGGAGGACGAAUAUGUGACGAGUAACGGGCAUGGGAAAGGGAAUGGAAAUGGAAAUGUCUAUGGGGAUGGCUACUUCAAGGAGGGCGUAUUAUCGAGCAACGAUGCCAUCUUGAACCCGGACAGCAGUAGUUCUAGUCUGCAUCAGCGCAAAGUCAAAUAACUACUACUAAGGACAACAACUACGAUGAUAUUCAUUAUGUUUAGUUUAAGUGUUUAGCAUGUAACCGAAUCGUAUGAACAUUGAGAGCAUAGAAAACAGAACAGAAUAGAGUAGGGAAGAAACGAAAACAGAAACAGAAACUAACGCGAAAAGAAAGGCAGCACAAUAAUAAGUAAUAUAAUUUAUAAUAUAGUUAUAUAUAUACACGUAUAUAUACAAUAUAUAAAGGCAUGCCAGUUAGAGAGACAGCGAUCAAACAGAACCAGGUAACCAUAAAGCCCUCCACCACUAACAACAACAGCAUUAACAACAACACCACCAACAACAACAACAACAUUAACAACAACACCACAAAGACCAUCAGCCCAUAAAUUAAUUCAAAUCUAGAUUAAGCACAUAUUGAAACUAAAACUAUAGAAAAAGAGCUAAAAAAAAAAAGCAGCAGCAUAUACAUUUUUUAUAUAAAUAUAUAUAAUCUCGAUAUCGCAUAAUUCUUAAACCCACAAUCACAACAAUUUCAUAAACAUAAACAUAAUUUUUGUAAUAAUAUUUUGUAGGCUCAAAAUAAGCAUUUUUCUCAACUGUGGCGUCUUUUUUUAAUGUAUGGGGCAUAUUACCUAUACACACACACACACACCCUGUAAAACCUACACACACACACACACACUUGCACAUUUACUAGAUGUAAUCUUUUAUAUGGCAAUUUUUGGAUAAACUAACGGAUACGUGUCAACCUAACGAUAAAUCUUAAAUGAUAACAUAAACAAAACAAAGAACAAAACAUGCUCUUAAGCCUGCUUUAAACUUAAACGUUAUACUAUUUGUAGCUUGUUUUUGUAUAUUGAGAGAGAGACAGAAGAGAAGAAAGAAGAAAAGAGUGCAAAGAGAUGAGAAAUAAUUGUAUGUUUGUUGCAAUAUUUUGUAAAAGUCUAAUAGUAAAAAAUACUUAUACUUAUACAUAUAUAACUAUGUCUAGUGCGAUGUUGUAGUUAGCUAGCCAAUCAAACAAACUAAACAAACACACUAAACAACACAACAACUAUAUGAACAACACCAAUAUUAGACUCUUAAGGAGCAGACAAUCAAUCCUCAUUAACUGAGAAGGAGAGAGAGGGAGGAAGAGAAAGGGAGCAAACACUAUGCAACAAACAAAUAUUUAUCAUAAUACCAAAUUUUGUUCACAUUUUUCAUUUCGAUUUCACGGUGUGGCUUUUGUGCGUAGUUUUCUUUAUUUUAUUUUUUUUUUAUUGUGAUUUUUGUUAUUCUAUAAUACUUUUAUACUUUUUGGGUUUGAAAAUGUUAAAUAAUUUUAUCAACAAUGAGAAAAACAAGAGGUUUUAAAGAGUUUAUUGUACUACUGUCUGUUAAUCUGUGCAUUGGUUUCUUUGUUAAGUUGUGGUUUAAGCUGACAAGUUCAAAACAAACAUGAGUAAAAAAAA